ACCAACAAAAGAAAUUACUCCUCCCAAACAAAACAUUCUUCAACAUGAAAUCUCAUAGAGUGAUUGACAAUUUGAAUCCACGUGUCGCAAAUUAAUUGGCUGACUUUUAGAAGUGGAUCCCAUCCGACCGUAGAUUACGAAAUGAAUUGAUAAAUAAAUAAAUACGAUAGUUUGUGAAGUGGUGGAAGAAGCUGAAUCCAAAUCGAAUUCGAUUUCAAUCGGAAAGAAGAAGAAGAAGAAGAAGAAGAAGAAGAAGAAGAAGAACGAUUCAUUUGAUGGCGGCUUCAAAGCUUCAAGCUUUUUUGAAUCAUCCAGCUGGUCCCAAAACCAUUCACUUUUGGGCACCUACAUUUAAGUGGGGUAUCAGCAUUGCCAAUAUUGCUGAUUUUGCAAAACCACCUGAGAAGCUUUCCUAUCCUCAACAAAUAGCGGUCACGGCUACUGGACUUAUCUGGUCGCGUUACAGCACUGUAAUCACUCCAAAAAAUUGGAACCUUUUUAGCGUAAACGUUGCAAUGGCAGGAACUGGCAUAUACCAACUCUCACGCAAAUUGCGGCAAGAUUAUUUCCCAGAGAAAGAGGAGACUGUAGCAAAAGAAUGAUGGCGAUGAAUUUGAAAAUAUUAAGUUAUUUGGAGUCUGAUGUCCUGAUUGCAAUUUUCAUGUUGAACAUAUAUCUGAAUUAUAAAUUUUUCGAAGCGCGGUUUCAUUUGUAGUUGGCAAAGGCGUAAACUGUUGAAUCUUCUCAAUUCUGUGUAUUUUUCAUUUGGUAUUUGAUUGUUGUAGAAUUAGGGACUCAAGAUAACCGGGCAACUGAAUAUGUCCUAGAUUUAAUUUGCGUUUACACCGAAUGGUUAGAGUCGUUAGACUGAAUAAAACCAGUGGAUGUUGAAGCUUUACAAUGUGGAUUACCGAAUAAGUCUAAUACAGUAAUUCUGUAAAGUACUAAUUACAAUUCAAUGUUUUUAAGUAGUAUACAUAUACCAGUAGAUUUUUU